UUUCGCAUUAUAAUAACAGGAUGAGUAAAGAAAAUUUUGAUACGAUUUUGGACUUGGUGACCCCAAUGAUAACGCACCCGCACAAUCACAUUCGCCCCAUUUCACCUCUCCAGAGACUGGCAAUAACCCUGAGGUAUUGAAUAAAAAAUAUCCGCACAGAAUUUAUGAUAAUGUCAAGUAUUAAUACUAAAUAAAAAUGAUAUUCAUGCAGGUACCUCGCCACUGGAAACUCUCAAAUUUCUCUCGCAAUGAGCUUCCGAGUGUCUCCUUCGUCUGUGUGUGGAAUAAUUAGAGAAACCCUUGAAGCCAUUAACCGUGCACUGAAGUCAGACUACUUACCCACCCCCACCACAUCUACUUGGAUAAACAAUGAAAACCAAUUCAGGUCAAAAUGGAAUUUUCCCCAUGCUUGUGGAUCACUGGAUGGAAAACACAUCCGAAUCAAGUGUCCUUCGGCAUCGGGAUCACUUUACUAUAAUUACAAGACCUAUUUUUCAAUCGUCUUGAUGGCUCUGUCAGAUGCAGAUUUCAAAUUUACAGCCGUUGAUAUUGGCUCGUACGGAUCUGAGUCCGAUGGAGGAAUUUUAUCAAAAUCCCUAAUUGGACAGAAGAUUUCCGACGACACUUUCAGUCUUCCGUCGCCCCAACCCCUGUCAAGUACUGGUACUCCUCUACCUUAUGUUUUUUUGGGAGAUGACGCUUUUCCCCAACGCCAUAACCUGCUCAAGCCUUAUAAAGGAAACUUCCUGCAAAAGACGGACCGAGUCUUCAACUAUAGGCUUUCAAGAGCUCGGAUGACCGUUGAAAAUUCCUUUGGAAUAAUGGCUGCACGAUGGAGGAUUUUCCAUUCGGUGAUUGAAGCAGAUGUGGACCUCGUGAAGCAAAUUACGUUGUCAGCCGUAAUUUUACACAAUUAUCUAAUGAAUAAGAAGGACUUUAACAACAUUACUCCUGAUCGGUUUGAGGAUGGAAGAGUUCAGCAUGGGAACUGGCGUGAUACUGUUCAGAAUGAUAACGGCAUGAUACAAAUACCAAGGCAAGGCACCAACAACUACACCCAGUAUUCAGCUCAGGUCAGAAAUCACUUCCGGGACUACUUUAAUAGUGAGGAUGGAAGGUUGAGCUGGCAAGAUCAUCAUGUCGACGCGGGAGGUAGAUGA